AAAAAAAUGGGAUGCUGAAGUUAAGGAAACAGUAGGAGAGGUGUGAGAGUGAGGAUGAAUAUAAAAGCGGAAGCACGGACUAGUUGCCAUCGAAGUGUACAUGCUAAUGACACGUUAAAAGAAAAAUAAUGGCAUCAAACAUGCUUGGUUCCCUCGCCGACCCUGUUUCACUGAAAGUCCAAAGGCCUAAAUUGCCAUACUAAAUUGUUGUCACUCACCAACAAACAAAGAACAGAACAACAUAACCCUCUCUAACACCAAACCCUUUUACUUUCACCUUAAAAUCAUGGUGGAUAGGGAUUCAAGUGAAGCACACAUGUCAAUAGCCGCUUCUUCCAUGUUCCCUGGCUUCAGGUUCUGUCCCACGGACGGUGAAUUAAUCUCUUAUUACCUCAGAAAAAAAUUGGACGGUGACGAGGACAGUGUUCAGAUUAUUUCGGAGCUUGAGCUUUGCACCUUUGAGCCUUGGGAUUUGCCUGAAAAAUCGUUCAUUAAAUCAAAUGAUGAGUGGUUUUUCUUCUCGCGACGGUGGAGAAGGUAUCCCAAUGGUUCACAGAAUAAAAGGGCAACUAAAAGUGGUUAUUGGAAGGUCACAGGAAAUGAGCGACAGAUAGAGUCUGGUCAGAAUGUGAUUGGUACCAAACGUACUUUGGUAUUCCAUGUCGGUCGAGCUCCCAAAGGCGAAAGAACUGAAUGGAUUAUUCAUGAAUACUGUAUCAAUGACAAAUUUCAGGAUUCUUUGGUGGUUUGUCGGCUCAAGAGGAACACAAAAUUUCGUGCAAAUGAUGAUUCUAACAGAACUUCACGCGAGAGUGGUUGUGGAGUCUCAGAAGGGGUUACAGUUCAAAUGAGCACUUGUGUGCCUAUUCAAGAUAAAGAGGUUGGGUGUAGUUCCAAGAGGAGUAACAAUAGUAAUAGUUCUCCUUCUAUUACUGUCCAAAUUAAAUCCAGUGAUAGAGUUGCCAAUGAAGACAAUCCCAAAGCUUCUUCCAAUGAAUCCAGUGAUAGAGUUGCCAAUGAAGCCAAUCCCAAAGAUAGAGUUGCCAAUGAAGCCAAUCCCAAAGCUUCUUCCAAUGAAUCCAGUGAUAGAGUUGCCAACGAAGCCAAUCCCAAAGCUUCUUCCAAUCACUCUAAGGUGGAUGAAGUGGAUUAUUAUGCAGAGAUCAACUUAGAUGAUAUCAUCAACUUAGAUGAACCAGCACUCUAACGGCCAUAGCCCAUAGCCCACCACAAGGGACAGCAAAUAGAGAAUCAACAACCAUCAAACAAAAUAAACACUUUCCUGCCAUACCGUUUGGUGCUCUUCACUUUCUUUGUUUUCACUUUACUAGCUCCUAAGGUUUUUCCUUAUCGGGAGGUCUCAAACUGCUGUAUAAUAUUCUCCAGACUCGAGUUUAAUUAUGAUUAUUAGUUAAUUAGUGUUAGUUACAUUGUAUACAAAGUUACAAAGAGAUAUGUACUCUUCAUAGCGAAAUAGUAAGGACAAGGAUUAUAUUAUUCAUUACCUUACC